AUGGCGCCUCUUCUAUACCACAGGUUGGCUAACAAAUCUCUUUACGGACGCACAGAACGCAGCUCCAAGACCGAGAUUAUCCUUCAUCCCGUGCCGAGCGAUGAUCCUGACGACCCGCUGAAUUGGUCCAGUUCCCGCAAGACGGUCAACUUCACCCUGGUCGGCUUCUACGUCUUAAUGACCUUCGUCCUUCUCGACAUCGGAGGCGUCGCUUGGGGCGCAUACAUGGAUGAGCUCGGGAUCUCGACGUCGACGUUGACGAGCGGCGCCGCCGUCAACUACGCCGGCCUCGCCAUGGGAUGCGUCCUGUUCAUUCCAUUUGUCUAUAAAUAUGGUCGACGGCCGAUUUACAUUGUGAGCUUGCUCGUGCAAUUUGCAACGUCGAUCUGGAACGCGAAACUCAACACUGGGGCCGAGUUGGUAGCCAACAACUUGGUCAUGGGUCUCGGUGGCGCCAUCAGUGAGACAAUCGUGCUGCUCACCAUCGUCGAUCUAUAUUUCGUCCAUCACCACGCCACCAUGAACGCAAUCUUCGUCCUGUUGCAGUUCGGCGGCACGUACCUGGGACCCGUCGCCGCAGGGUACAUCGUGGACUCGCAGGGAUGGAGGUGGAUCUGGUGGUGGACGGCUAUACUGAUAGGCGCGUGCCUGGUGGUCGUUCUCUUUUGCUUCGAAGAGUCGCAGUACGUGCCUACCUUGCAAGGACAUGCGGUACGACACCUGCCCACGACGACGGCCGAGGAGAUCGCGGGCAACGACAAGGACCUCAAACAAGCCACCGAGGCUUCUAAUGCCGCCGAACCUUUCAAUGCUCCUGGUAAUAUCGACAUUUUGAGAGUCCCAAGCAAUGACAGAUGUUUGCCCGUCGCACAAAACAGGCCGCGCAAGAGCUACCGUCAGCGCAUGGCACUAUACACAAAAUCUCCAAGUUCGUAUAGCAUGAGAGUGCACUUUUUCCAACCGGUCUGGAUCGUGUGUCACAUUCCAGCGGUGGCAUUUGCAGCAACCAUGUACGGCGCCGUCUUGGCCUGGUUCUCGGUGCUGUGGACAAUUGAAGCGACUUACAUGUAUCUGCCGCCCUACAACUUCGACGCCUCGAGUGUUGGCUUGCUGAACCUGGCCCCGUUCAUUGGCUGCCUCCUUGCAGCCUGCCUGUCUGGCCCGCUGAGCGACUGGUCGAUCUUGUUUUUGUCCAAGCGCAAUCAAGGAGUCUUUGAGCCCGAAAUGCGUCUAUGGCUCCUUCUUCCGGCAAUCGUCCUGUCUCCAGCCGGCCUGUUAAUGUUCGGCAUCGGCUUGGCUCAUGGCGCACACUGGGUCGUGCUCGCAGUCGGCUGGGCAAUGUUCUCGUUUGCCAUCACCAUGACCAUGGAUGUGGUGAUGACAUAUGUGACCGACUCGUAUCCGGACAUCAUCGGAAACGCUCUCGUGGGAAUCGUCUUUUUCAGAAACAGCAUCUCCAUCGCCGUCAUGUUCGCCAUCACGGACUGGGUGGAAGCCAUAGGUUUGCAGAACUUCUUUAUCAACGUUGCGUGUCUCGCUUUUGGCUUCAAUCUUCUGCCAAUCCCAAUGCUCAUCUAUGGGAAGAAAAUCAGGAGGUGGACGGCAGACAGGUACAGAGCCUAUGCAUCGGCUCAACCUACACACCGAGCGAUAUGA